AUGGCCGACACGCGAGACGUCACCAAUCACGUCCUGUUCGAGGUCGCCACAGAGGUUGCCAAUCGAGUGGGCGGCAUCUACUCAGUCCUCAAAUCCAAGGCACAGGUCACCACAGCAGAAUAUGGCGCUGCCUAUACGCUCCUUGGUCCCCUCAAUCGUGCUUCAGCCGCAGUCGAGGUUGAAGAACUGGAGCCCAAGGACCCGGCCCUGUCUCAGACUAUAAAGAACAUGAACGAUCGCGGCGUCACAACACUCUACGGCCGCUGGCUAAUCGAUGGCGCCCCGAGAGUCUUGCUCUUCGACACCGGCACCGCCUAUCAGUUCCUCGACGAGUGGAAGGGCGAUCUCUGGUCGGUUGCCGGGAUCCCUUCACCCCCCGGCGACCAUGAAACAAACGAGGCCAUUGUGUUCGGCUAUCUGAUUGCAUGGUUUUUGGGAGAGUAUGUCUUCCAUGAAAAGAAGCGCGCCGUCGUUGCUCAAUUCCACGAAUGGCUUGCCGGAGUGGCUCUUCCUCUCUGCAAGAAGAGGCGCAUCGAUGUCACGACCAUUUUCACGACGCACGCGACCCUCCUCGGUCGCUACCUUUGCGCCGGCUCAGUCGAUUUCUACAACAAUCUGCAGUACUUCGACGUUGAUGCGGAAGCUGGCAAGCGCGGCAUCUACCACAGAUACUGCAUCGAGAGGGGUGCGGCACACGCAGCCGAUGUCUUCACCACCGUUUCGCAUAUCACUGCGUACGAAAGUGAGCACCUUCUGAAGCGCAAGCCGGAUGGUGUGCUGCCUAACGGGCUGAACGUCAAGAAAUUCUCGGCCACGCAUGAGUUCCAGAAUUUGCACCAGCAGGCCAAAGUCAAGAUCAACGACUUUGUCCGCGGUCACUUUUACGGGCACAACGACUUCGAUCCGGAUAACACUCUUUACUUCUUCACUGCUGGUCGCUACGAAUACCGCAAUAAGGGCGUAGACAUGUUCAUAGAGUCAUUGGCCCGUCUGAAUCACCGCAUGAAGAGCGCCAACUCGCCCAUGACUGUCGUGGCUUUCGUUAUCAUGCCUGCUCAGACGCAGUCGCUGACGGUGGAAGCUCUCAAGGGCCAGGCUGUCAUCAAGUCUCUGCACGACACGAUUGACGUAAUCUCCAAGAACGUUGGAAAGAAGCUGUUCGAGAGGUCGCUUGCGUGGCACGAAGGCAUGGAGCUUCCCGAGGACAAAGAGCUCAUCACGCCGGCAGACAAGAUCCUGCUUCGCCGGCGGCUAUUUGCCAUGAAGCGUCACACUCUUCCGCCAAUUGUCACGCACAAUAUGGUCAAUGAUCACGACGACCCAAUCCUCAACCAGAUUCGCCGGUGCCAACUCUUCAACCACCCCACCGAUAGGGUGAAGAUCGUGUUCCAUCCCGAAUUCUUGAACUCCGCAAACCCCGUGCUGCCCUUGGAUUACGAUGACUUCGUCCGUGGUACGCAUCUCGGUGUUUUCUCCUCUUACUACGAGCCGUGGGGUUACACGCCUGCUGAGUGCACCGUUAUGGGUGUCCCAAGCAUCACGACGAACUUAUCCGGCUUCGGCUGUUACAUGGAGGAGUUGAUCGAGAACGCCCAAGACUAUGGCAUCUACAUCGUUGAUAGGCGAAUGAAGGGCGUCGAUGACUCGGUAAACCAGCUCUCGGACUACAUGUUCGAGUUCACGAAGAAGAGCAAGCGUCAGCGUAUCAACCAGCGCAACAGGACGGAGAGACUGAGUGAUUUGCUUGACUGGAAGCGGAUGGGUAUGGAGUACGUCAAGGCCCGCCAAUUGGCCUUGCGCAGAGCCUACCCCGACGCCUUUGAUGGCGGUGAUGAGCCUGACUUCUUUGGCAACGCUGAAGUCAAGAUUUCGCGCCCGCUGUCAGAGCCUGGGUCCCCGAGAGACCGGUCAGGCAUGAUGACACCUGGUGAUUUUGCUUCGCUUCAGGAGGGCCGCGAAGGUCUGAGCACAGAGGAUUACAUUGCCUGGAGACUACCUGAGGAAGAGGAGACGGAAGACUACCCAUUCCCGUUGACGUUGAAGACGAAGAGCGCGCCGGACUCUCCUGCGCUCAAUGGGAACGGGGCGUAG